AUGGGGAUCCAUGUAAAUCAUGUUUGGUUGUUGGCCAUUCUGCUGGUGGCUGAAGUUUUUAGUGGAGCACAUACACAAGAGGAGGAAGUUGAGACGUGGACAGGGAAAGCCUGCAAAUGUGACUGUGAUGGGGAGUCACCUACUGAGUUCACAACACUCACCUCAACUAGCCCUAGCUGGACCAAAGGGCUGGACUGCAUGCCAGAAUGUCCCUAUCAUAAACCACUUGGCUUUGAGGCUGGUUCUGUAACACCCGAUCAGAUUAGCUGCUCCAAUGAGGACCAGUACACAGGUUGGUUCUCCUCCUGGACUGCCAGCAAAGCCCGACUCAACAGUCAGGGUUUUGGGUGUGCCUGGCUCUCAAAGUAUCAGGACACUAACCAGUGGCUUCAGAUUGACCUCAAGGAGGUGAAAGUGGUUUCUGGGAUCCUGAUGCAAGGACGCUGUGAUGCAGAUGAAUGGAUUACCAAAUAUAGCGUCCAGUACCGCACCACUGAGAACCUCAACUGGAUCUACUACAAAGACCAGACUGGAAACAACAGGGUGUUCUACGGGAACUCUGACCGUUCCUCCUCCGUUCAGAACCUCCUGCGUCCACCCAUCGUGGCCCGUUACAUUCGCAUUCUGCCGCUAGGCUGGCACACACGCAUUGCCAUACGUAUGGAGCUGCUGCUGUGCAUGAACAAAUGCACUUGA